GCGUUCGAUGUAUCCCCGAAGGAAGACGGGAGCGCGUUGACGAUGCUUGACCCCGUGAAAUUCCUCGCCAAAACAAACGGGUACAGGCGAUCCGGAAACAGUCCCAUCAUACAGGCCGGGCAUCGAAUGUCUUCGACGCUCAUGCCUUUUGACACGCCGGACGAGGAUCUUCGGGAUAUAGCGAAGAGAGUGAGACAGAGUUCGGCGGAUUGUUUUCCAACGCAACAUACCUCAGGUGGUGGGAGCCGGCGUCGAAAAAAACAGAGCCAGCCACGUCGUCACACCGAGGAAGGGGCGCGAGGUCCUUCUGUCGAAUCGGCCCGCUUGAAGGAAUGUGCAGGACCAUCUCGGCAGUCCGCCCAGCAACGCGGAGGCACCCCUGUCGUCACAUCCUCAAGGAAGGGAUCGGCAGGUCGUCGGGCUCCUGAUCGGCAGGAGGGCGAUGGAGGUGCGUCCAGGAGGGCAGCCCUGUGGGAGAGGAGCGAGGGAUCAGACGAAGGAACGGAGAACGAUUCCAAGAUUCAUGUUGAGCGGAACGCGCAGGGUAAUCUUGUCGUCGACGAUGAGCAAUGUGGGGUCCAAGAGGACGAUGCCAACGAGGACAUAAGCGAGCGAGAGAGAGAGGGCGAGGAGCGUGAGGACUCUCUGUCCGACUGCGAGGACGGAGAGUCUCGACAGUUCGAUGGGGGCGACUAUGGGGACGGUGGGGAAAACGAUGAAGACUGCCUUGCCGAUGAUGAGGAUGGAGGGGAGGAAGGGUCCGAUGAUAUGGAGGUCGAUGAGGGAGCAGGAGAUCGGUCGGAGGGCAGUGUGCAGAAAAGGAAGCGGCGAUCUUCAACAAGUCCGAUGGGGGCGGCGGGUAAACGCGCUGCUAAGAGACUCACAGUCGCUGUAUCUCGAGAGGCACUAAGAGCUUCUCAAGAGGCGGCCACUGAUAGCGUGAAGAACAGAAAAGGGAAGGCGUCAACCAGAGCGACAAAAGCAGAGAAACGUCCGAUGAAAAGAAAGCAGAUGGUCGACGAGGGUGACUCCGGAGAAGACGCCGAAGGGGUUGCUCCUAGGGCUCUGUCCGAACAGACAGAGCGUUCCUUUGACAAUCGAUCUGUCACAGUGGACACAACAAAGUGCUUCUUCUUGGAGUUCGAUGAAGAUGGCUACAUGAGGAAGGAUCGGGUACACAUUCAAGUGGAUGUAACGAAGAUCUUGCCAAUUCCGGAAGGUGACAUCCUCUACAACCACAGAACGUUGGAUGAAACGUUGGUGCAUUCCAUAUACGAUGCGAUCCAUAAUGCGGCCAAGGAAACCAACGGCAGUGGGAUUUCAUGACUUUCAUCCUGGCCCCCAUUGUGCCCAGUCGGGACGGCUCUCAAGGCAGACGGAUCACACCACAGGAAUUCGACGUCGAGGAGGCGCAUACGUACCACUGGUAUGCUGUUGCCGGCCAGCACACGGCUGAGGCUAUGAACAGA